CGCAAAAAUACGGACUGUUUUGCAGUCGACGCGGAAGUAGCCUCACCUCAAAAGAAAAACCAAGCAAAGGAACAAGGAGGUCAAAAAGAGCAACAGCAUUUACAGAUGGGCCUAUGCGUCUCUGGAGGGACUGAUUUUGAACAUGUAAGGCGUUACGAAGGACAAACAUUUCUUGGUGUCAGACACGGAAAAGGAACGUAUCUCUAUCAAAAUGGCGACGUGUACACGGGACAAUGGAAAUGCAACCUCAAACACGGGCUGGGUGUUUUGACGCGUAAAAACGGAGAAGAGUGAGUUUAUUUCACGUUUAUUACUAUUUGAUUACUAGUUUGUCAAUGAAUAAAUAAAUAAAUAAAACUUUAACGGCUGUCACAAUUACUGGUAAACCCAGAAGUUUUGGCUCCGGCCGCACUUGGGGACUUUACCGAGUUAUUUCCAAUUAACUAAUUAAAGUCAACUCGUUUAAAAAAACUGUGAGUGCGGACGGGUUUUCUACAGUCUUAACCGAGUUCUAACCGGGUUAUGCAAAUCAAGGCAGAACAAAAGAUUUUCUUAACCAGGUUUGGUUUUUUUAAACCACCUCGGGAGGUAGUUUUAACGUAGGUUAACCUUCAUCUCCACCUACGCGUGAGAAUGAUCCAAAUUUUGGCUUUACCAUGCACGUAAGCACAGUUUUGAAAUUGUUAUUUCGCUCCAAGUUCAGUAUUUCUUUCUUAGUAACACAAAUGAGUUAAGACUUUUAAGAAGUCGACCUCUUUUUCUCGGUAAUACGGGGUCAAAUUUUGUCAGUCACUUAUAGGCGAGUGUUACGAGUGACUCUAGCGAGCGUAAGAAGAAACAAAAAACCGCACGACGUUGAAUGACUUUGUGAAAUUCUAAAUUGAGUCCGGCCGCUGAUAUAAAUUAACCUGGUUAAACUCUUUUAACCAGGUUACGCUCUAAAGAAUUUUUACCGGGUUUUUCAAAAACUAACCCGGUUAAAGUAACAGUGUCACGACUGUGCUCACGCGCGGGCGUCAUCUGUUUUUUUCUUCAAUGACAAUAGGACUGUCAUGUUGACUCGACAAGAUUUCGUUCCGGACCUCACCGCCGACGGAGAUUUGUUGUUUACAUUCUCAAGUAAUAUUUUAGACUUUCGAAGAAGUGUUUCGUCUUGUUAAAAAUUUGGCUCGCGGUACGAAGACUAGCCUGCGUAGCAAGCGUUUCCGUUUGGUUUCGGAGCAAAAAGAGACCGUGAAAGGGGAUUUUCGGUUUUGAUCGCGCGAGAAAUUAAACGAGAACCAAAAAAAUUAAAGAAGGGGGAGGGGGAGGGGAAAAAAGGAAACCUUUCUUUCCUUCUUUCUUUCCUUUUUUCUUCUUCCUUUCUUCCCCAGCCCCUCCCCUGUCCUUUUCUUGCGCCAUUUUUCGCGCCGUCUUUGACUCUUGUUCCUUUUUCUUUGCUCCUAAACCGCACAGAAACGCUUGCUACGCAGGCUACACGAAGACUCCUUGCGAUUUUUUUCGCUAGCGGGGCCGCCUCGCAAGCUGAAAAUCUGGUUCCGCUUGUUUGAAAAACAGCUUUUCUAAUGUGAAACUCGUGUCAGAGGUCAAUCGCUCCAAGUCCAGUGAAAUUUGCCUGAUUUGCUCGCGUUCUAGCCUCAAACGUUUGAAAGAUAUAAAUAAAAAUGCAAUCUUAACGCUAUGAAUUAUCGCAAAGGUUAGUCCAAAAAUAUAUCAUGAUUUUAUUGCACUAGUUUUUCUAAACAUGUAGCGCCUUUUUGUUUUAUUUUGUCGGCCGUAAGAUGGUUAAUUUUAAAGUCUACAAACGCGUCAUUGCAAAACAUUCUGCUUUACGAAGCUUCCACAAGAUCUCCUCAGUCACAUCCAUGUCUCAAUAGUUUCUUUCUUACAGUCUCUAUUGUUGCUGUUUCAUAUAUACGUAUUCCUUUCACAAUUUCUUGACUUGUAGGGAAGCUGGCAGAAGAAAUAAGCCUUCAAUCGGGAUCAAAGCGCUUCCCCGCUUUUGGUCCUCCGGCCAACGGUGAAUAAAAGUAAUGACAAAAAAUCCUGAUUUCGCCCUUAUCAAAACUCAACGGGAGCAAUGUAUCAUUGAUCUCUAAUCCUGAGAGGUUUUAGUGCAGUAUCGAACUCGGCCAAGCGCGUUGCAAACGGAUUUUUCAAGGUUCUCUUACUCUCCUCGCAUCUUUUGAUUUCGCGACAUCCGGUCCAAAAAUCAAAGUUUGGUGCAUGCGCAGUAACGGGAUACUGUUCCUUUAAGUUGCCAAGUGCGGCCUCAGCCAAUUCUCUACGGCCCAAAAUGAACACGGCUCAGUGUCGUGUUUUCAUUUGUCAUUAACCUGAGAAUAGAGAUCUAUAUAUCGCGCGCAAAUGUACGUAUUAUUCAGAUUAUUACAAGAUCAAUUUUAAUGUCUCCGGCUCUAGCCUGCGUAGCAAGCGUUUCCUCGCGAGGUUCGUCUAGAAAGCUGGGGCAAGAGCAACAAAAAAAUGAAUGACGGGGGAGGGGGAGGGGAAAGAAGGAACCGCUUGCCCGCAAACCCCACGAUUUUGAAAAACUGCGUUCGCCCACGAACGCAGCCUCUGAUUGGCGCGGUGCGGGUAGUGUUGAUUACUUCGCAUUCGAAACAUCAAUCAAACCAGGUAUGCUUUGUUCUCAUCUGGUCUCAUCUGAUUUGUGGUCGCAGAUUACCAGAUUACGAAUGCUUUGGACUGAUAUUUAUUGCAAUCGUGUUUGUGCGAAGGUUUAUGAGAUCAGAGCCUUUAAAGUAUAAUUGGAGAUCGAGCAGUGGAGACUAGGGAAGGCCAAUUUAUUGAGAAUGACGGCGUGCGGAUCUGACUGGAAAAAAUGGACUGUUUGUUGGAGAUAACAUCAACAUAAAUCAGAACAUCAGUACUCGACACUAGCUAAAGCCGCCAUGGACAAGCGAUUUGUCAGCUUUUUGAAAUGAAAAGAUUCUUUUUGUUUAUUGGAAAUUUAGCGGCAUGUAUUGUAGAGAACGUUUCGACACAGGCUGAAGAGCAGCCGCUCUGCAAAACUUAUAGCCGGCGGAGUGAAUUGUUCCGGACAAAUCAUUUUUGACGUGUCGACAAGGUUUCAGACGAGAUAAAGCCACACAAUAAAAAACAAGAAAUUCCGCAGCAAUCGCUCAUGGUUUUAACUUUCUUUUAUCGUAAAUCAUUUUUAUUACAGUUCUUACAAUCGCCUGCAACGUGUUCUAUUGGAGAACAAAGUAAUUUCACAAAUCUGGUAAUCCAGGGGUAAUCUGUUCGUUAUGUUUCUAUUUUGACGAGCUGUCAAGUUACAAAUGAACCGAACCGUGAAAUGUUAAGGGGCGUUUUCCAGAAUCGUGGGGUUUGCGGGCAAGCGUUUCCUCUUCUCCCCUCCCCCUCCCCCUUCAAACUUUUUUUUGCUUCCGCUCUAACUUUCGCGCAAUAACUCGAUUGGAAACGCUUGCUACGCAGGCUACUCCGGCUCGUGUAUUGUGACGGAAGGUUUUUCCACUUUGAAACGAAUUUAAGGCUCAACGGGAACUCGGUGCUUGACUCACGAUAAAACUGGGGAAAACUAGACUCAAAUGGCAACUCGCUUGCGAGGAAGAGCCGUCACUUCUCUCGAGGUCCGGGAUCAGACCACUAACUGGUACAGCAGUAGAUAAAACAGACUAAACUUGGUUCCAACAGCGUUUAUUUUUCAGCGGAUCAAACAGCAAUAACUCGGUUAGGACACGGCGAAAUAAUCGGCGAUGUAAUCGAAAAAGCAGUAAAACUAACUUACUUAUAUAUGAUUUUUACAACCAUUGAAGACAAAGGAAUACAAUAGAAAUAUAAACAGAAAUCACUUAGAGUUAAGUGGAAACUAAAUACAAAUUCUAUUUUUAACCUGAAAUCUUUUGUUACUGUUGCUAUUUUAGAAAGUAAAAGUACUGAGACAAAGACCUAGCCAGGUCAGCAAAACAGCGUUUAUGUACAAAGUGUUACAAUAUGAAUUAAAUUGCAAGUUCAGCUAUCGGUUGUUUAAACAGGAAAAGCGCAGACUAAUUGGAAGUUUUCACCUUAAACAAAAAGCGACCUAUAUUUAAAAUUACAGGACAGCAAAACCUUUCAUAUUCAAAAUUCGGUUAUCACCUCUCCUUAACUAACAACUUAAUGAAAUAUAUUUUCGCAAAUAAAUAUAACUAUGUUGCAAUUAGAACGAGGUACACCUGUAUCCUGAAAGGCGUUACUAUGAAUAGAUGUCGUCUGGUAGUUAAAUCACGAAAAAUAGACUGAAGUCAAAUAAACCAUUAUUAAGAAAUCAAGUAUUCUUUCAAGAGUCAACAUUGACGGAAAAUGUAUAUAAUUGAAAAGAGAACGAGCAAUUAGUUUUGUUUGUUAGGGAACGCUGUUGGCUUUUCUAUGAUUAUAACCUGGCGAACACAAAGCAAAUGAAACAAAGGAUAAUAAAAAUGGCACCAGCCUUUUUGCGGAGCUAAAACUUCUUUAUGCGAAUUCAGUAUGAAUUACUAAGAACAACGUCAAAGCUAAUAUUUGAAAGCUAUAUAUGAUAUUCGAGCCAAAUAAAGAAUUCAUGGAAAAUCUCUCCUUACAGUAUCUCGCUCGUUUGUUUUUUCCGAAAGAUGGAACGUAAUUAAUAUUAUAAUUGUACUAAUUUCAUAAUACGAAGAAAAUGAAAAAAAAAAUUCAUCUUCCAUUUCGACCAAUGGAACCGUGCUUAAUAUGUACACGCGUAACACUCAUUUUUCUAUAGCUUUUAAAAAGACAGAAACUGUAUUUUGCAUUUUGAUAUUUUAACGCUCUAGUAUGUUUUAUUACUUUGGCGAAGUAAAGAAUCAACCAUAAGAGGACACAGAAAAAAUCUGAGCCCCGGAUGGGAUUCGAACCCACGACCCUCCGUGGUCUAGAUCGGAUCCUCUAACCUCUGAGCUACUGAGGACUCGUUGGCGAACAAGGGUCAUUUUUGUGGGUUGGACUGGCGAACCGCAUCUCGCAGUCACACAGUCCAUCACAAGCAACACGUUAAGGCUUAACUGUAUCACACUAAAUGUGACUGUGUGAUACCUUAGCUGAUUGCUGAUCAUUAUUACAGAGCAAUCAGAUGUAAAAUAAUUGUAGUAGAGUGAUACUAGUUAACAUGUUUCCCCCCUCUGCAUAUGUUGUUUCACUUACCAAUGCAUUUCUACAGACUACAGGGAGUACCGCGGGUGCAUCAAGACGACUGAGAAUUUCACUGAAUUGAUGAAAAUAGUGUCUCGCGCCUUCAGUCACGCGCGUGGUCAUUUUCGUGUAUCGCGCUUUUCGCUCGACGGACUGAGAAGAAAAACGAGAGACUGCUUGUAGUCUAUGGAUGUUGUAACAAAAAGUGCAAGUAGUUUGGUUAUGUCAGUCCUCGGUUCUAUCUAAUAAUUUGUGUAAUCUAAAGAGUAAAACGGGUCUUCCAUAUUUUUUCUUUCAAUUACACAGAAUACGAGGUUUCUUCUAUUGUAAUCAAUAUGUAGGAGCAGAACCUGGCAACUUAUUCGCCGCUACAACGUGUUGUUGUUUGGGAGAGGAUCCCCCCGCUCAACCGCUCGUGAAUGAUGAGGGGGAGAGAAGGUAUGACCAUCCACUGUAGUCUAAAUUCACUUUUUCAUCCACCUUUUCUUCCGACAGUCCAUUCAUUCGUUUGUUCGUUCAAUCGUCCAGUCGUUUUAAUAACUGAUUAGGUAAAUGAGCCGAGUGAGUGCGUGAAUGUUCUAAUGAUUCAUUCAUUCAUUCAUUCAUUCAUUCACUCACUCACUCACUCACUCACUCACUCACUCACUCACUCACUCACUCACUCACUCACUCACUCACUCACUCACUCACUCACUCGCUCCCCUCACUUUUCCAUGCAGCGGACUCCUUUGUUCUGUAGACUCUUGCCUCUGUAUACGGGUCAGUUGUAAAUGAUUCUUCCCGAUUUGGCCUGUCACGAAAAUAGAAUUUGCGCUGUCCGUGAUUAGAGGAGAAAGGAUGGGGGUGGUGGAGGUUAACGAGGUGGGGGUGAUAGGGCAGAAAUCGGUCACGUCUCAGGAACCGGCAAAAAAUGAAGAAACGAAGCAGUAUCUUAAGCUUCCUGUGAUUUUCUUCCGCAUCAAUGUUUCUUCGCACUAAUCGGCUCCUGAUGUGAGACAUUGGUGUAAUUAAUAUGCUAUUAACCCCUAAUGAUGGAAUUAGGGCCGGUCGAUUCCGCUAAAACGUUUUAAAAAUUAAGUCGUUAUUUCACCAGAUCUAUUAACAAUUACUUUGCUUUUUAGCAAUCAGGAAAGACAUGGGCCUGCAAGACAAAGAGCAGAAGAAAACAGAAGGAGACGGGAGGGAAGUAAGCAACGUAGAGAUGAAUUCCGCAGGAAUAUCCUCCAGAGAGGCAAAGAAGAAUCGGUCGUCUGAAAUGACCGAUUGUGCAAUGUAUAACAAAAGACGUAGAAACGCGUAGGAGAAUAAAGAAGUUUCACAGCGACAGUUCGCAGAGUGCUGCUCACUAGUUUGCUUUAAAAAUUAGAACGUUUUGACAACUCAUAGAAUACGCUCUCUAAAUCAUCACGACUGAAUGUCGUCGUCGAUGCUUAAGGUCCGUAAUAAAUGUGUUGAAGAAAUACUUUAUUGUGUAGUCUUUCGUGCUAGUUGAUUUCUUGUUUGUCGCGACUUUUGUCACUUUUGUCACUCACUCAGAUUAGAUUACGUAGUCUCAUUAGAACACCAAUUCUCUGGCUGGCUUUUUUACAGAUAGAGAUUACAUGCUCAGAGAAAUUUAGCUUAGAAUCUAACACUACUCCUAGAAGUAUGAUAUUAUCUUUAGUUUCAAUCACAACAUCAUUCACGCAAAUAUUGCUGUCAUUUUGAGUGAAGCCCAAGUUCAAAACUUGGUACUUUUUGAGGUUUCCCGCCAAUAAGUUAGAAUCGUACCACGUUGUUGCUAAGUUGGCACUAUCCUUUAACUGGGAAGUCACAGCUGCCUGGUCUGCUCCUGCGUGGUAAAUUUGAUGGUCGUCGGCAUACAUAGACAAGUUCGCUGUUAGGCAGUAGGAUAGGUCAUUCUGGAAAACAUUCCAUAACAACGGGCCAAGCGCGGAACCCUGAGGACAGCCACGACUCACGAAUCGGCUCGAACUAACAUGCCGGCCGAUCUUUCCUUGAUAUUUCCGUUCAUUUAAAUAGCUGUUUAAAAGUUGAAUAGCGCUUUCCUGAAAACCGUACGCUUCAAGCUUGUUCAGAAGUAGUGGUGGGUGUAACGAGUCAAAUGCCUUUGACAUGUCAGUUGAAAGUAUGCUCACAACCUGUUUUCGAUCCCUCGCCAGUCUCCAAUCUUCUACUAAAUUGAUCAAUGUUGUUUCGCAGCUGUGAGCUUUGCGAUAAGCGGAUGAGUGUUGGUAAAUGCGAUUACCAAAGCCAGAGUUGAUCUGCGCUCCAACCAACUUCUCAAGAACUUUACUUACACAUGGUAAGAGAGUUAUGGGCCGGUAGUUUUCCUUUGCAUUCCUGUCAUCCUUUUUAGGAAUCAGGAAAGACAUGGGCCUGCGAGACAAAGAGCGGAAGAAAAUAGAAGUAGACGGGAGGAAAAUAAGAAAAGUAGAGAUAAAGAGGUAGAAGAAAUCCGCAUGAAUGUCCUCAAGAGAAGAGGCGAAGGCGAACCGGUCGUCUGA